UAACAGCGUACUCUCGAUAUCAGGUAUUGCGUGCGAGUGCAGUGUCGGUUUUGAAUGUGUUGUUAUGGAAACAUGAGAGUUUAGUGUCCAUGUGCUAGUUUCUUUCUCGCUUUGUUUUAAACGAUAUUAUCAACAUGAAGAUAGAAGAGGUGAAAAGUACCGCAAAAACUCAGCGCAUAUCCGCACACAGUCAUAUUAAAGGCCUCGGGUUAAAUGAAAAUGGUGAAGCAAUUCCAAUGGCUGCUGGAUUAGUUGGCCAAGAAAUGGCACGGGAAGCUGCUGGUAUAGUCGUAGAUAUGAUUAGGUCAAAGAAAAUGGCCGGGCGAGCUUGCCUUUUAGCUGGGCCGCCAGGAACUGGAAAAACUGCAAUAGCGCUUGCUAUAGCACAAGAGUUGGGAAGUAAGGUGCCAUUCUGCCCAAUGGUAGGAUCUGAAGUGUUUAGUUCGGAAAUUAAGAAAACGGAAGUGUUAAUGGAGAAUUUCAGGAGAGCUAUUGGAUUACGGAUAAAGGAAACGAAAGAAGUAUAUGAAGGUGAAGUGACAGAGCUUACACCUGUUGAAACUGAAAACCCAUUGGGUGGUUACGGGAAAACUAUUAGCCAUGUCAUAAUCGGGCUUAAGACUGCCAAAGGAACAAAACAGCUUAAACUGGACCCUUCGAUAUACGAAUCAUUGCAGAAAGGCAAAGUUGAAACAGGCGAUGUAAUAUAUAUUGAAGCUAAUAGCGGUGCUGUCAAGAGGCAGGGCCGUAGUGACACUUACGCAACCGAAUUUGAUCUAGAAGCUGAGGAAUAUGUUCCAUUGCCAAAAGGUGACGUUCACAAAAAGAAAGAGGUAAUACAGGACGUUACUCUUCAUGACUUGGAUGUAGCAAACGCCAAGCCACAAGGUGGACAAGAUAUUUUGUCCAUGAUGGGGCAGUUAAUGAAGCCCAAAAAAACAGAAAUUACUGAUAAACUGAGAAAAGAAAUCAACAAAGUCGUCAACAAAUAUAUAGAUCAAGGUGUAGCUGAACUUGUGCCAGGUGUGUUGUUUAUUGAUGAAGUUCAUAUGCUUGAUAUAGAAACUUUUACAUAUUUGCAUAGAGCUCUUGAAAGUGCAAUAGCCCCUAUAGUUAUAUUUGCUACAAAUCGUGGUCGGUGUGUGAUUAGAGGUACAGAGGACAUUAUAUCACCACAUGGUAUUCCAUUGGAUCUGCUUGAUAGAUUGUUAAUUAUAAGGACCCUUCCAUACUCAAGAGAUGAUAUGGUACAAAUAUUGAAGUUAAGGGCAUCAACUGAAGGACUCCAGAUUGAAGAGGAGGCGUUGUCUCUUCUUGGUGAUGUGGGUACUCGCACUACAUUGAGAUAUGCUGUUCAGCUCCUCACUCCAGCAGCUCUGACUGCAAAAGUCAAUGGUCGCUCAACUUUAACAAAGGAUGAUGUUCAGGAAGUGGCUGAGUUAUUUCUGGAUGCAAAGUCUUCGGCAAGAAUUCUUAGCCAAAAUAAAGAAAAGUACAUGCAGUAGAUUUUAGAAAUACCAUACACUACACAGCUGUAAGUAAAAAGAAAAAAGAAUUCACAAAAAGAUCUGUUGUCAGGACAGUACUGUAGCUAUAAUGCUGUGCUGUUAUGUAUGUGAAAUUUGAUAUUUUAUGAAUGAAAAAGAAGAAAGUGAUUGAAACAGCUCUUGCAGCUUCAAUCACAUUGGAUUGAAGUGGACUGUGUUCUGUCUGCAGUGAAUAUACCUAAUGUAAGUGUUCUGCUGCAAUGCCACAUUUCCAAUAAAUGGUUGGAUGAGGGUGGACAAAUGGAAAUUUUCACAUAGUACACUGCUAAUCAGAUAUUUGUGUAAUUGCUUUAAUGUGUGUUCAUUUUUAUGUUGCUCGUGUAUUUAAACUAGAUGUGGUGAAAUGUCAGUUUCAGUUAGAAACACUUUACUGAGGAAAUAUCAAGCUCACAGUUUGCUGUUGUAUCUGUAUGUCACUAACAUCAUCUGCAGUAGCUUGGCUGUACUGUAUGUACAUGUCGGAAGAGAAGCAGCAAAUGUGUGGAUGAUUUAACUAUUUGUUUAAUUAAGCAUAGUAGUUGAUGUAACAUAUUAAUUUCAGGACUAUCUUUGUAUUAUGACAUUAGCACACCAGAAAUGUUCAUUACUUGGAUUGUCCCCUUUCUUUAAAAUUGUGUACUAUAUUGUUAAACACAGAUGUAUAUUGUUUGAAAUAUGUUCCCCCCUUUACUUUGCAAAUAUGUAAAAGAUACAUUAUUAUCUCUGUCUGCAAGUUGUGUACCAAGAAGUCUAAUGAAUAUUUUGAAAAAUAAAAAGUUUUUAUUCUUUUGCUACUGCUGCACCUGGAGGGUGGUCAACAUUUCAAGAUAUUCACUAACAGGCAUUAGGCCUGCUAUUCAUACUACUUCUGCUUGAUUUUUAUGUUAUCAUUUUAGUUUCACAAACAAAACGAAUGUAUAUUUCAAGACUGCACAAAUAAAUUGAACUACUAGCUGUUUGUA